AUGAGGAAGAUCGAUGAUGUACAGGUAUGCAACCAGCAAAUCUACGACUUAGGCCAAAAGAUACCGAAGAAAAAACAGGAAGAGGAACAGAAGAAGAAAAGAGGUACUGAUGUGGCAACAAGGAAGAGGCAGAGGGAUGAGGAGGAAAGGAGGGAAAAGGAGAGAAAAAAGAAAUGCAUUGAAGAAGCUCGAAAACAACAGACGCGGCCUAUGGAAAGAAAGCAUGCCAACAAUGACAAAGAAGCUCAUCCAGAAGCUCAUGAUAAUAAGGAGCGACAGAAGAAUUUGGCUGAAGCGGUGAAAAUCCCAGUAAAAGCUGAUGAAAUGACAGGCCUUGGAGGAAAGGCCACUAACAGUCACAAUGAAAUGGUUGUGAUAACCGAUGAGAGGCCUGCAAUUUUUGGAUCUCAUUGUCAGGAAAAUAUCCCAAACAGUAUUGAGGAGUCAUACCAGCAGUUCUCAGCUCUCAAGAGAUCUCAGUCAAUGCUUGAUCUGCAGGAUGUGACAGACUCAACUGCCAUGGUCACUCCCAGGGACAAGCGCAUGAAGAAUUAG